UGGGUAGCGAUCUCCCUCUGCAGCCUGCCGAUGAAGAACGUGGCCAGCAGAAACUUCUCCGCAACUCCAUCUCCACCUGCAUCUGCAGGAAGUCCAGUUCGCUGGACCGAUGCCGUCUGGGCUGUGAUUAUCGAGUACACUCAAAACACGACCCUACAUGGCUACCGGUACCUCACCGAGAAACGGAGACACUGGAUGGAAAGGCUCCUAUGGGCGGUCGUGCAAGUGGCGGCGGGCGUGUGGUGCGCGCGCUACAUCCUGGCCGUGUACCGCGACUACCAAGACACGCCGACCGCCACUACCGUCGAGUCCACCACGCACCCUAUCUGGAGCGUCCCCUUCCCCGCGCUCGCCGUCUGCAAUAUCAACAGGAUUAGCCGGGCUGCCGUUAUCGCAAUGGCUGCCAAUAUGUGA